AUUCAGCUCCAGACAGCCUGGCAACCCUGUGGGCCAAAACAAGAAGAUAGGAAUAGAAUAAAUUAAAUUACGUUUUAAAAGCUAAACAAUGGGUGUGUUAGACAAUGUGGCGAACUAUUUCACAGGGGAGACGUCCCGGAACAAGAACUCAUCCAUAAUCGCUGGCCUGCUGUUUUUCGCAGGAUGGUGGGUCCUAAUCGAUGCCAUGUCGAUUGAUGGAAAUCACCAGAUUACCACAGGACAUGUCUUCAUCGGCAUCUUCGGCACCAUCAGUUUCUGCAUGGUGAACGCGGUCAAAGGGGAGCACAUCUCGGAGGAGAACUCAUCGGAGUCUGGCGCCAGGAUAGCCAAGAUCUGGCUGCUUGUGGGCUUCGUGAUGGGCUUUGCAUCCAUUAUAGCCGCCGUCUGGGUGAUGAUUGAUGACUUCAUCAACAACGAUAAGAAAGAUGGCUGGUUUGGAGUAGCCUUGCUGAUGCAGAACGUCUUCAUCCUGUUCGCCAGUUUGAUCUACAAGUUCGGUCGCAACGAAGAGGAGUGGAACGAGUAGAGCUUCCAAUCAACACUUUGCAAAAGGGAACGCUUCUUUUAGUAUCUAGAGUCAUACGUACAUAUUCAGGAGUCCCAGGAGUUGAUGCCAGAGGCAGGGGACACCAUCACUCCCACAGCCUGACCCCAUUCAAAUGCAUAACUUGUACAUCUCUGUUUCCAAUCGGAUUCAAAGGAAUCGGAACUGGUGAAGCUAUAAGGGAUUUCCUUACUUCUGAUUUCGCCACUUUGAAUCGGAAUGGAGCGGAGAAUAGGGCCUAUAAUCUCAUUUAUACUAAACAUAAUAAACGACAAGUCACUUGCGUUAGGCCA